AUGGCCAAAAACUCCGAGGAGGAGGAAGCGGAGGAAGAGGUGAACGAGCACCCGAUCGAGGAGGUCCGGAACACGGUGCCCAUCACCGACAACCCGUCGGAGCCGUGCCUGACGUUCCGGACAUGGGUGCUGGGGAUGUCCUCCUGCGUGCUGCUGGCCUUCGUCAACGAGUUCUUCAACUACCGGUCGUCCCAGCUGAGCAUCGGCACGGUGCUGGUGCAGAUCGCGUCGUUGCCCAUCGGCCGCCUCAUGGCGUCCACGCUGCCGGAGCGCCCGGUCCGCGUGCCGGUGCCGUUCGCCGGCGGCGGCAGGUCGUGGUCCUUCUCCCUGAACCCGGGCCCCUUCAGCCUCAAGGAGCACUGCCUCAUCACCAUCUUCGCCGGCGCCGGAGCAUCCGGUGUCUACGCCCUCAACAUCAUCGCCAUCGUCAAGGUGUUCUACCGGCGGCAGAUCAACCCGUACGCCGCCAUGCUGCUGGCGCAGACCACCCAGCUGCUCGGGUACGGAUGGGCUGGCCUCUUCAGGAAGUUCCUCGUUGAUUCCGCCUACAUGUGGUGGCCGAUGAACCUUGUCCAGGUCACGCUCUUCAGAGCCAUGCACGAGGAGGAGAAGCGUCCCCGGGGCGGUGUGACGCGUCUGCAGUUCUUCAUCAUCGUCAUGAUCUGCAGCUUCGCCUACUACCUGAUCCCGAGCUACCUGUUCCCGUCGCUGAGCACGGUGUCGGUGCUGUGCUGGGUGUACAGGGACUCGGUGACGGCGCAGCAGAUCGGGUCGGGCCUGCGUGGCCUCGGCGUCGGCUCCUUCGGCCUGGACUGGAACACGGUGGCCGGGUUCCUCGGCAACCCGCUGGCGUCGCCGGCCUUCACCAUCGUCAACGUCAUGGCCGGGUUCGCGCUCAGCACCUACGUCGCGCUGCCGCUGCUCUACUGGACCGACACCUACAACGCCCGGCGCUUCCCGCUCAUCUCGCCGCACGUGUACGACGACGCCGGCAGACCCUACGACACCGGCCGCGUCAUCAACCCGGACACCUUCACGCUCAACCUCGCCGGCUACGACGCCUACAGCCGCAUCAACGUCAGCGUGCUCUUCGCCGUCAACUACGGCAUCGGCUUCGCCAGCCUCAUGUCCACGCUCUCGCACGUCGCGCUCUACCACGGGAAGGAGAUCUGGGACCUCUGCCGGAAGCAGCAGCAGCAGCAAGCGACGUCGGCUGACGACGUGCACACGCGGAUCAUGAGGUGCAACUACAAGCCCGUGCCGCAGCGGUGGUUCCACCUCAUGCUCGCCGUCGUGCUGCCGCUCUCGCUCUUCACCUGCGAGGGCUUUGGCCGGCAGCUGCAGCUCCCCUACUGGGGCCUCCUCCUCGCCUGCGCCAUCGCCUUCGCCUUCACGCUCCCUGUCGGCGUCAUCUCCGCCACCACCAACAUGCAGCCGGGGCUCAACAUCGUCACGGAGCUCAUCAUCGGCUACCUCUACCCGGGGAAGCCGCUGGCCAACGUGGUGUUCAAGACGUACGGCUUCAUCAGCAUGGGCCAGGCGCUGGCGUUCCUGUCCGACUUCAAGCUGGGCCACUACAUGAAAAUCCCGCCGAGGUCCAUGUUCUUCGCGCAGCUGGCCGGAACGCUCACGGCGUCCACGGUGCACUUCGCCACCGCGUGGUGGCUGCUCACCACGGUCAAGGACAUCUGCGACGUGGACAGGCUCCCCGCCGGCAGCCCCUGGACGUGCCCCGGCGACGACGUCUUCUACAACGCCUCCAUCAUCUGGGGCGUCGUCGGCCCGCUGCGGAUGUUCGGCACACUGGGAAACUACUGGCAGAUGAACUACUUCUUCCUCGUCGGCCUGCUGGCGCCGCUGCCCGUGUGGCUGCUCCAGCGCGCGUACCCGACCAACCGCGUGCUCGCCGGCGUCAACCUGCCGCUCGUCUUCGCCGGCGCCAGCGGGAUGCUCCCCGCGCGCAGCGUCAACUUCCUCAUGUGGGGGCUCGUCGGCUUCCUCUUCAACCACGUCGUGUACCGCCGCUACAAGGCCUGGUGGAUGAGACACAACUACGUGCUCGCCGCGGGACUCGACGCCGGCGUCGCGUUCAUGGGCGUCCUCACCUUCGUCGCGCUAGGAUACUUCGAUGUCUACGGCCCGCAGUGGUGGGGCGGCGUCGCCGACGACCGCUGCGACCUGGCCGGCUGCCCCACGGCGCCAGGAGUCGUCGCCAAGGGAUGUCCGGUGGUCGCAUAA